UAAUAUUAGGUGUAAAUAAAAACGACUAGGUUAGAAUUUUUUAUGGCUUAGACCAGAUUGUUAAAUCUCCAGUACCUACUAAAAGUUCAUGAUGCAAGCCAGUGGUUUCCAGCUAAAAAGAGCCAAGUUCAGUCAGAUUAAUUGCAUCUAAGUGAACAGGUACCUACACAGUUUAAAUCCAGGCAGAGCUGCAAAAUUUAUCGCUCUUGAUGCCUCAAAAUAUGGUGAAUGGAAAAAUAGAAGUAGGAUUUGAAGGCUGUGUUGAUUUUAAGGGAAGGCGUUUUGUAAGAGCAAAGACUGGAGGGUGGAGAGCUUGUUCUCUAAUAGUUGUUUUCUUGUACAGGUUAUGAGUUCUGUGAAAGAGUGGCUUUUGCUGGGAUUUGGUCAAGUUUAGUGGUGUAUAUGACCAGCAAAUUGCAUGAGGGCACUGUAUCAUCCUCUAUAAAUGCCAGCAAUUGGGUUGGGACUGUGUUUAUUACUCCUUUACUUGGAGCAUACAUUACAGAGAGAUAUUUGGGGCGCUUCUUGGCUUUAGCAAUUUUCUGCUGUAUAUAUACCCUGGGAACGGGGAUUAUGACCCUAUCUGUUUCCUUGAAAUCUUUGAGACCUAAACAAUGCCCAAUAAAUGAAGACUGCCAAAAGGCUUCUCCUCUACAGAAUGGGAUUUUUUUCCUUGGUUUGUAUCUUAUUGCUUUGGGCUCAGGAGGAACCAGACCAAACAUCUGUGCUUUUGGUGCUGAUCAGUUUGAUGAUUCGGUGCCCAAAGAAAAGCAGCUGAAGAACUCUUUUUUCAAUUGGUGGGUUCUCAUAGUUUUCUCUGGAGGUUUAUUUGGGCAGACAGUGAUUGUGUAUAUUCAGGACAAGAUGGAUUGGGGAGUAGGCAAUGGAAUUAUAACUGCAGCGCUUGUAGCAUCCUGUUUUCUGUUGCUGAUACGAACCCCAGUUUAUAGACAUAAAAUUGAGCCUGGCAGACCUCUGCAACGCAUUGUUAAGGUCAUUUGUACGAUGUUUCAGAAUUGGAAGGUGCCUGUACCUGCAGAUCCCUCCUCUCUUCAUGAAGUAGAUUCAAAGGAAUAUGUUCCUGAAGAUCGAUACCUCAUUGCCCACACUACACAUCUCAGACUUCUAGACAAAGCGGCUAUUCAAAAUGGGGCAGCCUCAAACCCCUGUACUGUUACAGACGUGGAGGAAACAAAGCUGGUUAUACAAAUCCUGCGAAUUUGGGUGACAGCAAUCUUCCCCAGCACAUUGCUAAUUCAAGCAGGAACACUCUUUGUGAAACAGGCCAUGAGUCUUGACAGGAAACUAGGUCACAAGUUCGAGUUCCCAGCAGCCAGUAUUGGGGCCUUUGUGCCCAUAUCAAUGCUACUAUCCCUGAUAAUCUACAAUAAGCUAUUAGUCCCAGUAAUGAGAAGAUUCACAGGAAACCCAAGAGGCAUAACAAUAUUACAGAGGAUGGGGAUUGGCAUGUUAAUCCAUACUGUAGCCAUGAUAACUGCUAUGGUUAUAGAAAUGAGACGCCUAGACGUUGUUAAAGAUCAUGGGCUCGCAGAUCAGAAGCAUGCUAUUGUACCCAUAAGCAUAUUCUCUCUGCUUCCACAGUUUGUAAUAAUGGGCAUUGCAGAAUCCUUCAUAGAAGUGGCCAAACUGGAAUUUUUUUAUGAUCAAGCCCCUAUGAAUAUGCAGAGUUUAGGGAGUGUUUUGUAUGCGGCUUCUGUAGGAGUUGGCGCCUUUGUCAACAGUGUUCUUCUCACAGUUAUAAGCAGCGUUACUGGGCAUCUGGGGCAUAAAAGCUGGAUUCUUGAUAAUGUGAAUGCCUCACGAUUUGAUUACUAUUACGCAGUCUUGGCCCUUGUUAAUUUCAUGAAUUACUUGGUUUUCUUGAUAAUGGCUGCCCUGUAUACAAACCAGACAGAAACAGUUGAAGCUUCUGAAAGGGAUUCAAGCAAUACAGAAGAAAACGCAAUGAGUAACCCCAGUUACAGUGACUAAAUUCAAAGUGGUGUCCAGGAUAAAAUUAUGGAUUAAAUGCGGAUCAAGAAGAAAAUGUAAAUGGAGUUCUUUUCAUAGUGUGUUGGUUAAGUGGUGUUUUUGUUGUGGUCAUCAAAGUUCAAUUUUUUGUUCCAUCAUUACAAUCUAUCGAUCUAAUGUUAUCCUUGCCAAAAUUUACCAGACACUUGUGAAAAAACAAGAUAAUGUAUUAUUGUAAGUUUCAUCAUCCAAAUUCAAACUCCUUUGGAGUGUUAUUCAUGAAAUCAGCGAAAAAAAAAAGAUAACACCAAGACAAGAUUAGAGUUA